UAGAAGGACCCUCCCACACAGUAUAUAAUUUGCCAGUGCAGAAAGGCAGGGCCCUGCAGCAUACUCACUUCUCCUCAGCUCUACUUGACUGACUACAUCUGCAAUCAUGUUUAAUGGUUUGAUCAUAAAAAACAUGUCCUUCAAGGUUGGGCAGACCAUGACCAUUGUUGGAGUCGCCAAGCCGGAUGCAUCAAAUUUUGCAGUGAAUGUUGGCCCAGAUGAGAAGGAGAUUACUAUGCAUAUCAACCCUCGUUUUAACGCCCAUGGAGAUGAGAAUGUGGUGGUCUGCAACUCUUACCAGGGAGGCAACUGGUGUGAGGAGCACCGUGAGGGAGGCUUUCCUUUCCAACAGGGCGAGGAAUUCAAGAUCACCAUUGAAUUCACCCCUACAGAGUUCCUCGUGACCUUAUCAGAUGGCUCUACAAUCCAUUUCCCCAACCGCAUGGGUGAGGAGAAGUACUCCUUCAUCAACUUUGAUGGGGAUGUUCGCAUCAAAAGCUUUGAGAUAAAAUAAACCUCCACCUUCCCAGGAAUAUUCGGAUUGAAAUUCAGUUUUUGUUUUUUUUCAGCAUUGUCUAGCAUAAAGUCAACUAGCCAUAGCUUUUAUGCUCUUGAAUGCAUGUGCUAUCAGUAGUGCCUUACAUGCAUUGCAUCACACAAUGUAUUAUGCAAGAAUUUUGCUUGUUAGCAUGUGCAGGGGCAACCAACCAUUGACAGAAAGAUGCAUAGAUGCAAUAUAUGUCAUAAUAGUCUGACACACAGAAAAAUACAGUGUAUACAAUAAAUUGACUAUUGACUGAAAAGCACCAAAAAAAAAAAAAAAUCCCAAGCCCAUGUUAUUUGCUUUGUAGUUUGUAGUUUGCAGUGUGAAAAGUACCACAUAAAAUGUGUUCUUUAAGGUGCCUUGAAAUGCUGCAUGCUCUCUUGUUUCCCUCCCAAACAUUCCAGAUUUAUAACUGAGUAUAAUGCUUGCCUUGUUGUUUUAAACAUGCAUUAAAACGAUGAUAAACAUG